AUGACGCUCGAUGAUAUCAACACAGACGGCCGAGGUCAAGUCCCUGGCUCGGGGCUCAUGGCGACCAAGAAGGGCAAGACAAACGGCACUUAGAGCUUCGUAGUGCACGACAGCUGGCCAUCGCUAAUCGGUACCGCACGCCACCGCCGAGAGACACUGGGAUCUCUCCGAGGUAGAGCUCGCCCGUGCCCUUCUUGAUGGAGGAACUCUUUGAGUCCUCCGAUUUGGGGGUGAUCUAAGCGGGCGGCGCGGCACGAAGCCCGACGGCUGAGCUGUGCCGUCCCGUUUCGUGCUCAAACUGCGCGCAGGGUCUGUAUCGUACAUGUUCUGUACUGGUCAGGCGUACUGUACGACAUCAGACCGCCCGACGGGCUCUACUGUUGUCUCCCGAUUUAGUUGUCGCACGACUUCGAUUUGGGUGUUUUUUGAAUGGUAUCACGUACCGUUGGGAGGCUCAAUCGUCCGAAACUGCUACUGUACGACAGUUUCGUCCCGCCUGGAAUCAUUUGAAGGGAGACUUGUGUUUAGUAGCAGAGACACGUUAGGAU